AUGGCCAUUUCCAACACUGUUUUGCUUGUGAUUUUGAUUAUCACCUUUGUAUUAAUACUAGGCAUAUUCUUCUUAGUCGGGUUUUGCUUUGCAUCUUGGUGUCCGUUCUUGUUUAUUUGUUCUAAACGAAGAAAGGCAAGAAUAACUUUAAAGAACUUUUUAAUGAAUCCGCCCAGUUCUUCUAAUUUGGUUUCUCCAACUUCCAAGGGAUUAAACGACCUAGAGAAUCAGCCAGUCGUAAUAGAACAAAAUACCGACAGUGCUUCGAAAAUUGCCUUGAAUAGUUAUCCAAUGGAUUCGAACCAUUCAGCAAAGGUAUGUAAUGUGGCUCAAUCACAAGCUCCUAAUGGGAAUUCUCCCAACAUUGAUGAGACUCACGAUCUGGAUUUUAAAAGUGUUUUAGAUAAUUUUGAUAAAUCUGAUUCAAGCAGUAAUUCACAUAAUUUUGUAGAAGAAAGUCGAAAUGAAUCGGACUUAAUGCAAACUUUGAUUGCACAUCCAUCACAGAACGCAGAAUCAAUAGCUCAAAGUGAAUUUGAUACAUAUUCGCUUACUUUAUUGUUACAAUAUUUAAUACAAACUUCUACAAAGCCUGACGAUCAAGCUAUUAGAAAAGUGAGUGAUCCAUUUCUGAACAAUUAUAUUAGUGUUGGUGAAAAAGUUGUUAUUGUGAAAUCAUUCAUUGGGAAAACUGAUAGUGAAUUUCCAUCAUUACAAACUGGUGAUCUAUUGAGAAUUAUUAAAUUUAUUGUUCAUGAUAGUGAAGAUUCAGAUGAAGCAGCAGGUUCUAUCAAAUCUAUACGAAUGGCUCCUAAAACCCCCACAAAAACUAGAAAGCAAAAUUAUCAACCUACUUCAGCGAUCACCCUUGAGAGCUCUAAUGAAUCAUUCUCGAGUGAGAUUAUAAUUGAUAAAUCCGAUCCCAUUCACAAAAAUAUUUAUUGUGUAGGUUUAUUACUCAAUUCUUAUCUAGAUUUCAAUAAUGAUCAAUUGAAAUUGAAAUUAAAAGUACAAGAAACUUCUAGUGAAGAAGAAGCAACUGAGGAUUUAAUUAAAGAGUUUCCAUUAAACAUAGUUUCUUUGGAGACAACUGUUGUCAAAUCAGUAUUGGCGGGGGAAGUGGAGGAAAUGGAGGAGGAGGGAGAUGAACUAGGUUGA